CUUGUACAAGAAUAAAGUCGUACUUGUACCAGAAUGAAGUUGUACUCGUAGAAGAAUAAAGUGGACGUCUGCGAGCAUGGGUUCUCCUUGCUGCCUAUCUCCUAUAAACAAGUUGUCUUUAUCACUAUUCUUGGUUAAUCACGACUUUAUUGUUGUAAAAUUAGCAUUUGUUCCUCCUAAUAUUCAAUCAAAAACAAACUUUGUAUACUGCACUGAUAUCAUCGUAGUUUUCUUUCUUGUUUUUUACUUGAUACCCUGACGUGCUCUAUAUUUGGGCCUUCAAAUUUAAAGCAGUUGUUUUGAAUUAGUACGCGAGGUGGUGGGGGGCUUUUAUUCUGAAGUAUAUCCCACCGGAAGUGUGAGUUGUUGUUGCCCCAGCCGGAAGUCAUGACCAUGAAGUUCCCUGUUAGCACUUAGCUUCAGCAGCUAAAUGUAAAUGCUCCGCUACUCUAACUCCGGCCGGACGUUCCCGCUCCGUGUCGCCAUGAACAGGACUCACAUGAAGCGGUUCAGCAUCUUGAAGAUGGCGCUGUGGGGCUCCGGGGAGUCGGAGCCGGGCGGCCGGGAGGAGACCUACCUGUACCAGGCGCUGCGGAUCGCGGCGGUGGUGGCUCUGUACUGGUUCAUCUCCAUCACCCUGGUGUUCCUCAACAACUUCCUGCUGGACAACAAGGAGCUGGACGCGCCGCUGUUCGUCACGUUCUUCCAGUGCUCGGUGUCCGUGGUGCUGUGCUGCUUCAUGCAGGUCCUGGCCAAACUGUGCCCGUGGCUCAUCGACUUCCCGCCGGUGCGCUUCGACCUGAAGACGGCCCGGGAGGUGCUGCCCCUGUCCGUGGUCUUCAUCAGCAUGAUCACCUUCAACAACCUGUGCCUGAAGCACGUCGGCGUGGCCUUCUACACGGUGGGUCGCUCCCUCACCACGGUGUUCAACGUGCUGCUGUCCUACGUGAUCCUGAAGCAGACCACGUCCCUGCAAGCCGUCAUUUGCUGCGGCGUCAUCUUGGGUGGAUUCUGGCUCGGUGUGGACCAGGAAGGUGUAGCAGGGUCCCUCUCCUUGUCGGGGAUUUUCUUCGGGGUCGUUGCCAGCGCCUGUGUCAGCCUCAAUGCCAUCUACACCAAGAAGGUGAUGCCAUGCGUGGACGGUAACAUCUGGAAACUGUCCUACUACAACAACAUCAACGCCUGCAUCCUCUUCCUGCCGCUCAUGCUCGUCUUCGGAGAGUUCGGGCGCAUCUACAGCUUCACCCGUAUCUUCGACACGGGCUUCUGGGGCAUGAUGAUCCUCGGAGGAGUGUUCGGUUUCGGCAUCGGCUACGUCACGGGUCUCCAGAUCAAGUUCACCAGUCCGCUCACACACAACGUGUCGGGGACGGCGAAAGCCUGCGCGCAGACUGUCAUCGCAGUGGUGUAUUACUCGUCCACUAAAAGCCUGCUGUGGUGGACCAGUAACAUGAUGGUUCUCGGCGGCUCGUCGGCCUACACUAUCGUGAAAAGUCGAGAAAUGAAGAGCACCCCCCACAAAGAGCCUCAGGACUCAACCAAAGAAAAGCUGCUUCCAGAGGAGGACGAUGGGGUCGGGGUUUGACCGCCGGCUGAGGAGCGUGUAGCAUUUCUCCAUGUGGUGCAAUAAUGUGAAAGGAUGUGAUACUUUUCCUUCGUGGAAUCAGAGUGGGUUUUGUGGGUCUUCUUUUCUUGCAUACACCUUCACUCGAGGUGUAAUUUGUAUUUGUACAUAUUAAAUUAAACCCUCAUAUUCAUUUGAGGCCUCUUUUAAAUAUUUUUUUAAAAGAGAAAAAUGGAAAAAGGAAAUUAUGACGUUUUUUUUAUUCAGCGGGAGGGGAGAAAAUAUUUACUUGGUAUCACGUUUAAAAUAUAACUAUUUAAUUCAGAUUGUCAUAUUUUUAAUCAAAGGGAUGUUGAACAUUCAAAUUGCCGUUAAUUUUGAACAAUAAUGUAACAAUCAUGUCAACGAUUUUUGCGUUGGGCUAUAAAUUUAGUAGUUGUCGCAAAUAUGAAUAAAGCAAAUGUUUAAUUGCUUGUUUUCUACAAA